CCGACUCCGGCGAGGCGGCGGCGGGCGACCCGCGAGGAGCGCGGCGGCGGCGGCAGCGGGCUGGCUCUGCCCCUUCCCUCCCACCCCCCGCCCUUCCCUUCCCCCGCCCCUCCCCUCCUCCCCGCACGCGCCGGGCGGAGCGGCCGCGAGGGAGCCCCGGGCGCAACAUGGCGGAGCACUCGGCCCCCGACAGCAAGCACAAACCCGGCGCCAACGCCAACUCCGUGGCGCCGCUUAACAGCCGCGGCGGGCCGGGGGGCGGCCUGUCGGGGGGGCUGUCGCAGCCGGCGGGCUGGCAGUCGCUGCUUUCCUUCACCAUCCUCUUCCUGGCCUGGCUGGCCGGCUUCAGCUCGCGCCUCUUCGCCGUCAUCCGCUUCGAGAGCAUCAUCCACGAGUUCGACCCCUGGUUUAACUAUAGAUCAACACAUCAUCUUGCAUCCCAUGGAUUUUAUGAAUUUUUGAACUGGUUUGAUGAAAGAGCAUGGUAUCCACUGGGAAGAAUAGUUGGUGGGACUGUAUACCCAGGACUGAUGGUGACAGCAGGCCUUAUACAUUGGAUUUUAAAUAUGCUUAAUGUGACAGUCCAUAUAAGAGACGUGUGUGUGUUCCUAGCACCAGUUUUUAGCGGCCUUACAGCUAUUUCUACUUUCCUGCUCACCAGAGAACUGUGGAACCAGGGAGCAGGGCUUUUAGCUGCCUGUUUUAUUGCCAUAGUUCCAGGUUACAUAUCUCGAUCAGUAGCGGGAUCGUUUGACAAUGAAGGCAUAGCUAUUUUUGCACUGCAGUUCACAUACUAUUUAUGGGUGAAAUCGGUGAAGACUGGGUCAGUCUUUUGGACAAUCUGCUGCUGUCUAUCUUACUUCUACAUGGUCUCUGCAUGGGGUGGUUAUGUUUUCAUCAUCAACCUUAUUCCACUGCAUGUGUUUGUUCUGCUGCUGAUGCAGAGGUACAGCAGGAGGGUCUACAUUGCAUAUAGCACUUUCUACAUUGUCGGGUUAAUAUUAUCGAUGCAGAUACCUUUUGUGGGAUUUCAACCAAUUAGAACAAGUGAACACAUGGCAGCUGCAGGUGUUUUUGCAUUGCUGCAGGCAUAUGCAUUUUUGCAGUAUCUGAGAGACAGGCUAACAAAGCAAGAGUUUCAGACCUUGUUCUUCUUGGGUGUCUCACUGGCUGCUGGUAUUGUGUUCCUGAGCGUCAUCUAUUUGACAUACACAGGUUAUAUCGCUCCUUGGAGUGGAAGGUUUUAUUCACUGUGGGACACUGGGUAUGCGAAAAUUCACAUCCCGAUCAUUGCCUCUGUGUCUGAGCAUCAGCCUACAACAUGGGUUUCCUUCUUUUUUGAUCUGCAUAUUCUCGUGUGUACUUUCCCAGCAGGGCUGUGGUUCUGUAUCAAAAACAUCAACGAUGAAAGAGUCUUCGUUGCUCUGUAUGCAAUCAGUGCCGUUUACUUUGCUGGUGUGAUGGUUCGUCUGAUGCUCACUCUGACUCCUGUGGUCUGUAUGCUGUCUGCAAUUGCUUUCUCUAAUGUCUUUGAGCGUUACUUGGGUGAUGAUAUGAAGAGGGAAAAUCCACCAAUAGAGGACAGCAGUGAUGAGGACGACAAAAGGAACCCCGGCAACCUGUAUGAUAAGGCAGGCAAAGUGAGAAAACAUGUAUCUGAACAGGAGAAAACAGAAGAAGGACUGGGUCCCAACAUCAAAAACAUAGUUACUAUGCUGAUGCUGAUGCUGUUGAUGAUGUUUGCCGUCCACUGUACCUGGGUCACAAGCAAUGCAUACUCCAGUCCUAGUGUUGUUCUUGCUUCUUAUAACCACGAUGGCACUCGGAAUAUCCUGGAUGACUUCAGGGAAGCGUACUACUGGCUGAGACAAAACACAGACGAGCACGCCAGAGUAAUGUCGUGGUGGGACUACGGUUACCAGAUCGCAGGGAUGGCCAAUCGGACCACACUGGUAGACAACAACACUUGGAACAACAGCCACAUAGCUCUGGUGGGAAAGGCCAUGUCCUCGAAUGAGUCGGCAGCAUACGAGAUCAUGAGAAGUCUGGAUGUGGAUUACGUUUUGAUUAUAUUUGGUGGUGUGAUUGGCUACUCCGGUGACGAUAUCAAUAAGUUCUUGUGGAUGGUGAGAAUAGCAGAGGGGGAACAUCCCAAAGAUAUUCGGGAAAGCGAUUACUUCACUCCUCAGGGAGAAUUCCGGGUAGACAAGGCAGGUUCUCCAACACUGCUGAACUGCCUCAUGUAUAAGAUGUCCUACUACAGAUUUGGAGAGAUGCAGCUGGAUUUUCGGACACCCCCAGGAUUUGAUCGUACGCGAAACGCUGAGAUUGGAAACAAAGACAUUAAAUUUAAACAUCUGGAGGAAGCCUUUACUUCAGAGCACUGGCUGGUUAGAAUAUACAAGGUGAAACAACUAGACAACAGGGAGACGCUGGAUCAUAAACUUAGAGUAACCAACAUUGUACCGAAACAGAAGUAUUUGUCAAAGAAGACCUCCAAAAGGAAGCGUGGCUACAUUAAGAAUAAACUAAUUUUAAAGAAAGGCAAGAGACCCAACAGGAAGACAGUUUAAAUACACUGUUCCGAAUGCUAAUACGAAGCAGUUGUCCUUGAGAUAACCGGUCUUUGCCUUUAGCUCGAGUCAUGUUUCACAGCAACAUGAGGGUACAGAACCAUCAUUGGUCCAGAUUAUUGUACAAAAUUUUCAGGCAAUGUCUGAUUAAAAAUAUUGGCUUAUUGAGAACAGCUGUUUUAGAUUUGUAAUGUGAAGCAAGACAGAGCUGCUAUCCAAGUCUAGCAGCGUUUUUUUUAUUGGUACAUAUUAUCCUUCAAAUCGGUUGAGAAUUGGGACUGACUGCACCAAAGAACCCUGUAAUUUGGUCCUUGGCACAUGCAUACUUGUCAAUCUUUCUUGGAACACGUUCAGCUGAAGAGCAGCAGCAUGUAAACUGGAAUGGUUAAAUCUAAAAUGACUUGUUUUCGACAAUUACGAGGAAAUAAAGCUGUCUUUGAAAUUAAACCUUCAGAAUAAGUUCCUCCCAUAAUUACCGCUCCAUGGUUUCUUCAACCGUCCCUUCCUCCCGCUGCAGGCUGGUUUUGAUCUGGGGUGUGAGAAGUAAAGCUGCAGUUCCCAGCAGAGCUGACAGGACAGAUAACUGGGGGACGGCUCGGACCGGAUGAGCUGCUUUUGGUUAACAGUGAUUGCAGUAUUGCUGCCUUACGCUAUCGUUUCAUCAGGUAGACGAGGCAAGCCUUGCACAUUGCAGAUACAAGGGCUACACUUAUUUGCAUCCUCUGGAAAAAUCUGAAUCAACAGUAAUGAAUGCGAUAGAAACGUACAGCUGAGCACCAUACGGUGGCUGGCGCUUCAGAACUGAAACUAAACUCUUGUAGGUAAAUGUUUACAUUAGUAAAACAAGCAGAGCCUGUUGUAGGAAAGAAAAAGGUUGACAGGUAUACAGCCCCUUUUCUGUGGCUGGCAGCGGUAGAGGGUUUGCAAACCUCUUCCCCCCUCACCGCCUUCGCCUGCGAGGACAGAAGUUCUGCUGGAAAUCUGUUUCUCCGCAUCUUUUAUUUAGUGCUCAGUUCAACUGAAGAAAUCCCCGCUGUAGCGCUACCUGCUUCGUCUUUUAUACUCAUCUCCUGCUUGUUUUUUGUUGUUUUCAAAGAAAAAGGUGGUGAAAACCGUCACAUUAAAUGCACUAAAGUAAUAUAAGUGGAGACUGAACGUGUUCGCUUUCCAGCUAUAGGGAAACUUUAUACAGACUUGAACGUUUUCUUUAGAUAAAAUGGAAGAAGGGGUUUUGCAGUUUGUUUUCCUGCCACAGGUUGCAACUUUUUACCGAAACCAAACUUGCAUCAACAAUUUGAUGUGAAGCGCAGAAUAGUAUGUACCUUUCAUGAAGAACAUGUAACCUUACAGUGCUCUGUUGAGAACGUUACUGCUGACUUCUUCCCCAAGCUGUAGGAUAUUUUUGAUUUACGAACUCGUUUCCAGCUCCAGCGGUUCAAUAACUACAGCUGCAGCGUUUUCACUGAGGUCAUUAAAUCUGGAUUUCUGGGCCCCAUCAUUCGGAGAUUUCACUUCUAUUUCGUUGCUUUCAAGCUCAAUGCAGACCAGUUGUUGACUGUAGGGGAAAAUAAAGUUAAUUCAAGUUUUGUGUUAA